UUAGAACAAGAUGGGGGAGACACAGAAAGUGAAAGGAAGGUCACAGAUAAAGCUACAAAUUCCAAAAACAAUGGAAAGGACACCAAAAACCAGCCCAAAGUUAGUCCUUACUUCUCUGACUCAGGCUCCUCCCCAAAUCCACCCAAAAUAGGAGAUAAAGAUACUGACAAAAAGAAGUGGACUCCACCCAAGUCACCAUAUCAUCUUGUACAAGAAACGCUGUUUCAUGACCCAUGGAAACUGUUGAUAUCUUCAAUAUUUUUGAAUAAAACUCAAGGUGAGAAAGCAAUUCCUGUUCUAUGGGAGUUCUUCAGAAGGUAUCCAAAUGCCGACGUGACUCGCUGUGCUAAUCCUAAGCCGAUAGCAGAUUUGAUGAGACCACUUGGUCUGAAUGAAAAAAGAGCCAAAACUAUGAUCCGUUUCUCAGAGGAAUUCUUGGCCAGAGAUUGGACCUAUGCUGAUACACUAUAUGGCAUUGGAAAGUAUGGUAGUGACUCCUAUAGGAUCUUUUGUCUUGGAGAAUGGAAAGAUGUGCAGCCAAAYGAUCACAUGUUGAACAAGUACCAUGCAUGGCUCUGGCAACAGGAGAAAGCUGGUUUACUGUAAAUAUACCCAUUAGAUUCUAUUAAUAUAAAAAAGAUUCACAUGGUUUUAUAAAGAUCAUUGUCUUCCCAUUGUAAAUAUAUAUCUAUUUCAAAAAAGGUCAUUAGUUAGUAUUAUGUUUUUGAUGGAUGGUUAACUUAUCUGUUUAAAAACUAGGAAAAACCAAUCAAACAUCAUUGAACACCUUGAUUAAAUGGAAGCAACAGUAAUAACUGACUUUAAUUUGUGAAUAUUGCCAUUAAUAAUUAAUAGCUAUUAUUACUUUUGUUCAGGUUUUCUCCCAUAUUGCAAUAAUCUUUUCUGAAAUAGUUAUAUGUGCAAAAGACUAAUCAGUACUAAUUAUAAUUUAGUUUUAAUAUCAUGUAUUUUAGUUGUUUUGGUUUUAUUAUAAGACAGAAUAUCAUGCGAUUGGUCUUUCUUGACAACUCAUACCACUGUUUGUGGAAAACACCUAAAAAUUGUAGUUACAGCAGUGAUUUGUGAUCAUCCAAUCACUGGAUUCAUAACCAACAUUUCCAUUUACUGGUCCUCUUAAAGGGACACUGUCAAAUGGCACGCAUGCGCGAGUAAACUUGAAAACAUUAGGCUAAUAGACGAGUAAA